AUGAUAAUGUCAAUCUAGGAUUGGCGAAACCAAGGAAUUCAGUUGACGGUGAAAUAAAGAAUAAAAAGCUAUGUUAACGCCUAAUUCUAAUGACAACAGACACAUAUCUUUCUCUCCCAAAUACCAGCUCUGAUCUUUGAUAUGACGGAGAACAAGGAGACCAAGUCCUCCGAAGAACAUGUCCCUGUUCAAUCAACACCAUCCUUAUUGCCAAGGACUUACGGGCAUUUACUUGGAUCCAAUUCACCUGCGAGAAAGACAUGGCCUGAUCUAGUUGGCGUAAUGGCAGAAGAAGCUGAAAGAAAGAUAAAGGAAGAUAUGCCAGGAGUUGAAGUUCAAGUAGUUCAACCUAAUUGCUUCAUUACCAUGGAUUUUAGGGAGGGAAGAGUUAGAUUAUUCAUUGAUUCGUCAGGCAAAGUUGCAAGACCCCCUAGAAUUGGCUAACUGGCUUAUAUAUGUAUGAGUAGUUGCAUCAUUUGGGGAUGUUUUCUUUUUUUCUUUUUUUCUUUUUUCCCUUUGCUUGUUGGGUUUGCAAUCAUUUCUAUUUGAAUGGCUAACUUUGUUAAAAUAUUUCAAACUUGUGAUACUUUAUAAUAGCAAUUUUGAAGCCAGAUACCAUAUAUAAGAUUAAUAUUCCAGGUUUCUGUAA